AUGGGGGUUAGCUUCGCUUCGCAUACCGAUACUGGAUAUCUUAAAAAGCAUCAAAUCCUCAAUUAUGUCCAAAGACGAACGGCUCUAGUGACAGGCGGUGCUCGCGGUUGCGGACUAGCAUUUGCAAGGGGACUAGCCGAAGCAGGCGCAAAUGUAGCAAUUUUCGACGUCGUAUCUCCCGAAGACGCUUUCCAUGCGAUCGAAAAAGAGUGUGGGGUCCGGACAGCGUUUUACAGGGUGGACAUCUCCUCCCAAGAAUCACUUGAAGACGGCUUCGGAAAUUUUCAACGAGACUUUGACAAUGCGCUGGACAUUUGCGUUCCUUGCGCGGGAAUCAAUCGGCAUCUUCCGUUCCUCGAAUUCACAUACAAGGACCACCAAGAUCUACUGUCCAUCAACGUGCUGGGGCUUUACUUCACCGCACAGCUUGCAGCCAAGCAAAUGAUCGCGAACAAAACAAAGCACGGAAGUAUUAUCCUUGUCGCCAGCAUGGCUAGCCAUAUUGCUGUGCGAAGCCAGAUGUGUUCGGCCUAUUGUGGGACAAAAGGCGCAGUCAAGUCCAUGUGUCCAGCGAUCGCAAAGGAGUUGGCUGAAUAUAACAUUCGAGUCAACACUAUCUCUCCCGGUUUUGUUAAGACAGAGAUGACGGCAUCGUUCCCGCAUCUCCUGGAGGGUUGGAAGUCGGAAGCGAUGAAUGGGUGCAUUGCGGAUCCCGAGGAUAUCAUGGGGGCGUGUGUUUUCCUUGCGAGUGACGCGAGUUCGUACAUGACAGGCUCAGACAUUGUGGUGGACGAUAAUGAAGAUUAUGGAGAGUCCGUUGGCGCCUCAACCACCAUCGUUGUGGUGGGCGCCGGACCAUCGGGGCUGAUGCUUGCGACAAAUCUGGUACGAUUUGGAAUUUCCGUCUUGAUCCUGGACGAUCGCCCCGACAAAACCUCCACAGGAAAGGCAGACGGCAUGCAGCCCAAGACCAUCGAGACCUUCAAACAACUCCGUCUCGCCGAUCCACUCUUGAAAAACGGUGCUCGGGUGUUUGACAUCUCAUUUUGGGAGUCGACCGCAAAUCAUCCCCUGCGACGUACCGGCCGCAAGCUCCACUACCCAGACCAUCUUGUUGGCGCAUCGGAUCCCUACAUACUGCUAGCACACCAAGGCAUGGUGGAGGAAGGGGUGUUUGUGACUCGCAACGGUCGCUUCACUUCCUGCUCACGGGUGGAGGCAAACCAGUUGGAGAUCAAAUAUGAGGAUAUGGAAACGAAAGAAGUACACACGGUGAAGGCGGACUAUCUAGUCGGAUGCGAUGGAGCAAGAUCAAAGGUCCGAUCUUUCAUCCCGGAUGCCGAUCUGGAAGGUGAAAUCACUAAUGCUGCAUGGGGUGUGAUGGAUGGUGUGCUGGAUACGGUUUUCCCUGAUUUAUGGAGCAAGGUUGCCCUUCGCUCUGAAUCUGCUGGAUCAAUUCUACUGAUCCCACGCGAAAGGGGUAUGACCAGGCUUUACGUUGAGCUCAGCUCUUCUGGUGGAGAGCGAGUGGACAAGGCCAAGGCGACACCUGAAUAUGUGACGCAGCGCGCAAGAGAUGCGAUGCAUCCAUUCAAAGUUGAGUGGAAGUCGGUGGAGUGGUUCGGAACAUAUGUCGUUGGACAACGUGUUGCGAAGCGUUUCAUGGAUGACGAUGCUAAGAUAAUCAUUGCAGGUGAUGCUGGCCAUUGUCACUCGGCGCUUGCUGCUCAAGGCGCAAAUACCAGCAUGCACGAUAGCUUCAAUCUUGCGUGGAAGCUCAACCUUGUUAGCAGGGGCCUCGCAAAGCCAUCUUUGCUACACACAUAUGAGGAGGAGCGGCAAAAGGUAGCUUAUGAUCUCAUCAACUUUGAUGUUGAGCACUGCAAAGCCUUUUCAGAGGGAGAAGCGGCCCUUGCCAAGAACUUCGACGAUAACAUCAGGUUCAUUGCCGGCAUUGGAGCUGAGUAUAAUCCCGGUAUGCUCACUCGCGCCUCUCGCGUCCCCUGUCGCCUUCAAGCGGGUAUGCUGCAAUCUCCCGCUAAAGUGACUCGAUACAUCGACGCAAACCCAGUUGAUAUUCAACUGGACAUCCCAGUUUUGGGUCAGUUCAAAGUAUAUAUUUUCGUGCCUCAACUUCCCUCAGCAAUGAAUGCCUUGAGGUCAAUUUGUCAGCAGCUUGAGGAUACUCUUGCGAAGAUAUCUGAUCCUGCGAGUCGGUCUUAUCAGAAGUUACCCCGUGGCUCUUCGCCGUCAGAUGAGUUCCAGCAGAUACAGCGUUACAACUCUGUUUCUCAAGCUUUCACAUUUGGGAUGGUGACAAAGUCAGAUCAAUCUGAGUUCGAGAUUGCGGAUUUACCACAGAUUUUGCGAGACAGUCAAUGGACACUGUACCUUGACAACAUUCAAACCCCCAGCUGUACUGAGCGAUGGAUUGGCGACUUGGCGCAAGGGAGCAUCGGAAUGGCUGUGGUAAGACCAGAUGGGUACAUCGGCAUGGUUGAAUCAUGGGACGACACGGAGGUUGCAAAUGCAAGUGAGGCACUUGAGGAGUACUUUUCGUUUAUGGUAUAG